GCUGUCACGGGGCUCGGGGCCGCGCCGGGCUCCUGCGGGGCGGGGGCGGCGCUGCGCGGGGCCCCGCGGCUUCCCCUCGGCGUGGCCGCCACCGCGACCGCCCGGCGGCACCCGGGCCCCGCCACCAUGUUCAGGCGGAUCCUGCAGCGGACUCCAGGCAGAGUUGGGUCUCAGAGCUCUGAUUCUGAUUCAUCUGCCGCACCAGGAAAUGCUGUGGAUGUGAACAAUGAAGGCUCCUCCGAGGGCUUCAUCUGUCCACUCUGUAUGAAAGUGUGUGUAACUCCUACUGAUCUGUGUGAACAUUACCAGAAUGAACACACUGGGACAGAAGGAAGACAGGAGCUUCGUGACCUUCCAGCUGUUACUGGCUUUAUCUGUCCUCUCUGUAUGAAGUCUCAUGGAUCAGCUGAGGAGCUGUUCAAGCACUAUGAAGCGGUUCAUAAUUCUGGCAUUGAUUCAACUCAUGGAGGAGAAGGUCAUCUGUCACCGGAAAGAGAUGAAGUAUCACUGCUCCGACAAGAAGUACAAGACUUGCAAGCUUCACUGAAGGAGGAGAGGUGGUAUUCAGAAGAGUUGAAGAAAGAACUAGAAAAAUUGCAGGGGCAGCGGCAGCAAGAUUCUAAGUCUGAUGGAUUGACAACAUCUACAUCUACAGAAUCAUUAGAACGACAACUAGAAGAGAUCCAAGUAGAAAAUUUUAAUAUUAAGCAAAUGAAAGACUUAUUUGAGCAAAAAGCAGCACAACUGGCCACUGAAAUUGUGGAUCUUAAAGCAAAGUAUGAUGAAGAAAUCAGCCUUCGGGAAGGUGCAGAACAGAAAUUGACAAACCUAACACAAGAACUGCUGAAGGAGAGAAGUACAGUAGAAGACUUAAAGACAGAGCUGCUACAAAGGCCUGGCGUGGAAGAUGUGGCUGUCCUGAAAAAGGAGCUGGUCCAAGUUCAGACGCUGAUGGACAAAAUGACUUUGGAGCGUGAGAGAGAAUCUGAAAAGCUGAAAGAUGAGUGCAAGCACUUACAGGCAGAGCAGGCGAACUCAGAGGCUACCAUUAAUCAGUUAAGAGCUGAACUUGCCAAAGGACCGCAGGAGGUAGCUGUGUAUGUUCAGGAGCUGCAAAAACUUCAAAGUUCAGUCAAGGAGCUAGAACAGAAAAACCAGAGCCUGAGCGAGAAGCUGCUGAAGAAAGAGCAGGAAUACAGCCAGCUAGAAGAAAAACAUGAUGAGAUAUCUGUGAGUAAAAAGAAUGUGCAGGCAAGCUUUCACCAGAAGGACCUGGACUGCCAACAGCUUCAGGCAAAGCUGUCUGCAUCUGAAGCCUCGAUACAGAGAUUACAGACAGAGCUAGGUGAGAAGGGAGAGGCAAGCCAGAAGCUUAAAGAAGAAUUGUCCGAAGUAGAGACAAAGUACCAGCAUCUCAAGGCAGAAUGCAAACAGCUCCAGCAGCAGAGGGAAGAAAAAGAACAGUAUGGCCUGCAGCUCCAGAGCGAGCUCAGUCAGUUGCACAGUAAACUUCUAGAAACUGAGCGCCAGCUAGGGGAGGCACAUGGGCGGCUUAAGGAACAGAGGCAGCUCUCCAGUGAAAAGUUAAUGGACAAAGAACAGCAGGUGGCUGAUCUGCAAUUAAAGCUUUCUCGUGCUGAAGAGCAGCUGAAGGAAAAAGCGGCAAAUUCCACGGAAUUGCAACAUCAGUUAGAUAAGGCAAAACAACAGCAUCAGGAACACCAGACACUUCAACAAAACACAACAUCAAAGCUACGAGAAGCCCAGAAUGAUUUGGAGCAAGUACUACGGCAAAUUGGAGAUAAGGACCAAAAAAUUCAAAAUCUUGAGGCCUUGCUUCAAAAGAGUAAGGAAAAUAUCUCUCUACUUGAAAAGGAAAGAGAGGACUUGUAUGCAAAAAUUCAGGCUGGUGAAGGAGAAACUGCAGUUCUUAACCAGCUACAAGAGAAAAAUCAUGCAUUGCAGAUACAGGUAACUCAGCUGACAGAGAAGCUGAAGAAUCAAUCAGAAAGUCAUAAACAAGCCCAAGAAAAUUUGCAUGAGCAAGUGCAGGAGCAGAAAGCGCAUCUAAGAGCUGCUCAAGACCGUGUGCUCUCCCUGGAAGCAAAUAUCACUGAGCUGAGCAGCCAGCUAAAUGAAAGUAAAGAGAAAGUAUCACAACUUGAUGUACAGGUAAAAGCAAAAACUGAAUUGCUGCUUUCAGCAGAAGCAUCAAAAGCUGCUCAAAGAGCUGACCUUCAGAAUCAUCUGGACACUGCCCAACAUGCGUUGCAAGACAAACAACAGGAGUUAAACAAGGUCAGCAGUCAGUUGGAUCAAGUUACCGCUAAGCUGAAUGAUAAGCAGGAAUACUGUGCUCAGCUGGAAGCCAAUCUCAAAGAGUACAAAGAGCAAUGUCUUUAUUUAGAACAGAAAACCGAAGAGCUGGAGGGACAGCUUAAGAAACUUGAAGCUGACAUUCUUGAUGCUAAAACAAGCAAAGAACAAGCUCUUCAGGAAUUACAGCAGCAGCGACAGCAAUCUACAGAAUUAGACCUCCGAACAGCAGAACUGAGUAAACAACUUGAAGCGGAAAGAGAAGCCACGUCUAGUGCUAAAUUGGAUUUACAGAAGAAAUCUGAGGCCCUUGAACAAGCAAAACAGCAAAUUUCAAAGCAGGAAGAGGAAAAUGCCAGCCUCAAACAAAACCUUGAGAAAUCAAGUCAAGAUACAAGUAAACAACUCAAGGAGUUAGACUGUAAAGUAAAAGUAGCAACAUUGGAGUUGCAACAGGUGAAAUUAGAGAAAGAUGCUCUAUUAAAGGACCUUACAGCUACCAAAGAGAAGCUCUCAAAAAGUUCUGAAUCCUUCAAAAAAAAGAAGGAAGAAUUAGAAAAAGAAAUACAACAAGAAAAAGCAGCUGUAGCAGAAAUGGAAAAAUCUUACCAAGAAGUAAAACAACAGCUCCAAGUACAAACAGAGUCUGUAGCUAAAGAGAGGAAUGAAUUGAAAAACUCACUGGAAAAAAAGGAGGGGAUCUCUAAGCAGUUGUCGAUAGAACUUGAUUCAGCACGUGCACAAGUACUGGAAAUUCAGGGUCUUCUGAAAGACAAAGAAAAAAGUGAGCAGCAUCUUCAGGGAAAGCUGAGAGACCUAAAGGAAUCUUUUGAGCAGAAGAAAAAACACAGUGAAACACUACAAGCUGAGUUAAAAACUGCCCUUUUAGAAAAGGCAGAACUGGAGAAUAAGCUGCAACAGCAGACAAUUUUGUCAGCUCAGGAGCUUAAAACAGAGAAAGGAAAACUAGCAGACUUACAGAAGACCUAUGAAAAAUAUAAGGAAAACAUGGAAAAGCUGCAACUGGAUCUUUACGGGAAAGAGUCUGAGCUGCUGGCGACCAGGCAAGACCUUAAGUCCACAGAAGAAAAACUUGCUCUUGCUCAAGAAGAGGUAGUUUCCAGCAGAAAUCGGAUUGCUAAUAAUAAUCAGCAGAUCCAGGAACUGAAGAAAGCAAAGUCUGCGCUGGAACAGGAUGCAUCAAAGAAGGAGCAGCAGCUGGGUGAGAAGACCAAAAUGCUACAGGAUCUUCAGAAUGAUAGGAUUUUGAAAGAAAAAGACUUGGCUAAUGAAAAAUGUAAAACAACAGAGCUCCAGGAAAUAAAGAGUAGACUUGAAAAAGAAAGUGCCAAGCUGGGUGAAGAGCUCAGAGUCUGCAAGCAAGAAUAUGAGAAGGAGGUAGCAAAUCUCAAGGAUGCAAAACAACUAUUGAUUCAACAGAAAUUAGAGCUUCAGGGCAAAAUAGAUCAUAUGAAUUCAGCUCUGGAACAGGAGAAAAAAAACCAACAAGCUGUCAAAGAUCAGCUGAAAAAGAGAGAAGAAGAACUGAAGAAAGAAUGUGUUGAAAUUCAAGAUAAACUGCACACUGAGGUAAAAGAGAAAGAAGAAGAAAACCGGAAACAUGAGGAAAAGGAGGCCAAGCUCACCAUGCAGGUCACAGCUCUGAAUGAAAACCUGGCUACCAUGAAGAAAGAGUGGCAAAGUAGUCAGAGGCGAGUGAGCGAGCUGGAGAAACAGACGGACGAUUUACGUGGGGACAUUGCUGUCUUGGAAGCGACAGUGCAGAAUAAUCAGGAUGAGAGAAGAGCAUUGCUGGAGAGGUGUAUAAAAAGUGAGGGAGAAAUUGAAAAGCUUCAAACCAAACUUGUAGAAAUGAAGAAAAAGCUGGACAACACUACUGCUGCAAUGCAGGAGCUAGGCCGAGAAAACCAGUCAUUACAGAUCAAACACACCCAAGCUCUCAACAGGAAAUGGGCGGAAGACAAUGAGGUACAGAAUUGUAUGGCCUGUGGAAAAGGCUUUUCAGUGACAGUGAGAAGGCAUCACUGUAGACAGUGUGGAAAUAUCUUCUGUGCUGAGUGCUCAGCAAAGAAUGCCUUAACUCCUUCCUCUAAGAAGCCUGUUCGGGUCUGUGAUACUUGCUUUAAUGACUUGCAAGGAUAACUGGCUAUUGUGGGAGACAAAGAAAUGUUAUGCUAAAAUUUAUAAUUUCUGUUGAUGCACUUCAUUCUGCACUCAGACUACUAUUCAGUUUGGACAAUGAUUGUAACACUUGGCAAAAUUUAGUAUAUUUUAAAAUGUUUAUUGAUACCAAGUAAAACUAUUGUAUUUUUUGUGAGAUAUGGGCUCAGAUCACCCAUAGCUUAUUGCCAUUUAUCCUGAAAAGAGCUUCUAUGUCUAGAUUAGAAAUACCCAGUUAUUUGUAAAUAAAGUUUAAACAGAGGAGUAACAAUGUAUUUUUUUAUCUUUAUUUUUUUUGUUCAAGAGAAAACGCGUUUAUGUGAUAUUGCAGUGUAUUCUUGUUUCCUUCAAUGGAAAAGGAAGAUGCAAAAAUUUGUGAGGAUUUUGUGUAUCAAAUGUUGCUGUAAUAGCAUAACUAAUUGUUGCAUUUGAUUACGUAUCUCAUGUUCUUUAUAACCCCUUUGUUUUGCUUUCUCUCUCUCUGGUUCUUGGACUUUUCUCUCUAAAAUUCUAACUCCGCAGUGAGGGUAAUUGGCUGGACUCAACUCUGUUUUAUUUGCCCGCUUAGAACUUGUAGUAUCAGCACCUGAGUUCUUUCCCAACUACCGCACUUGGAUACUGGAAUAUCUUUACACAUGCUGUAUUGCAUUGUGUGUGUGUGCGUGUGUCUGUGUGUCUGUACGUGUGAACUAAUGAUGUGACCAAGUUUAGUGGGCAUUGUAGGAGUACUACACAAAGCUCUCCCAUAUUAAUCGAUUUCACUUUUACGUGUUUGAUGAAUGGAUAUUAAUAUUCCAGAAACCCUUUAUAUGCAGGUUUUAAACAGUAAACAAGGCAGAUAGUAGCCUAUAGCCCAUCUGUCCCCCUGCCCAUACUCUGGAAGCCCCAAGAAGUCCUUGUGGUUCUCAGGGAUGUCCAGAAAUUCCACACAAGGUAUCCUACUAAGAAAAGCUCUUUUUUAGAGGGUGCAGUUUAGCUGACCUUUGCUCCUAUCCCUUCCUUCAGUUUUUGGUGGAACAAGUUGAACUCCUGCUACCCCUAACAAACAUCAUUUUUCCAUUGUUCCUUCUGUCCCCCAUUGCUAGGGGUUCUUAGAUGGUGUGUUAGUUCUAUGAUUUAGUUUGCUUAGGAUGGUGAUUUAACUCUCCUGGUGCUGGCUUAGUUAUAAGCAAACAACUCUAAAUAAACAGGCCAAUAUAUAUGAUUCUAGAGCAUAGAAGCACAGAAUGGCUUGGGUUGAAAGGGACCUUUAAAGGUCAUCCACUCCACCCCUCCUGCACAGGACCCUAGAUCAGGUUGUUCAAAGUCCCAUCCAGCCUAACUUUGAACACUUCAGUUGAUGGGACAGCCACAACUUCUCUGGGGAACCUGCUCCAGUGUCUCAUCACCUUGGAUUUGUUCAUAUUUCCUUUUCUGUAAUUGCAACAGAAGUUUCCUGCUGAGUUCGUAUAGACUGCUCUUUUUGUUGUGCUUUUAUUUACACCUGUUUUUUCUUGCCUGCCUGUGUCUAAAUUUUCCUCCCUUUGAAAGGAGUAUCUGGUAUCUGGCCUCAAAACCAUUAAGGUUAUUUCUUCUGAGCUGGGUUUAUGCCUUCCAAUACUUAGGGACCCUUAGUCUUAAUUAUCCUAAUAAAUCCCCUAGAACCCAAGCCCUUUUCUGUCUUACAAAAUUGUGCCAGCUGUUCAGAGAAAAGGACUAUGUCGUCAAUUCCUCUACUCCUUGCCUUCCAAGGUAAGGAAACAAAUUCUGUUACAAUGAUAGAUGCUUAGCCAUCUUUAGGCAGGUUUAUUUACUUUUAUCUAUUGACAGCUUUAUAUGUGAAUGAAGAGGAGCCUCUUUUAUGAAAAAUGUCUAGUCCUGACUAACUCUCAAGUGAAAAGACUUUUUAAUCCCUAUUCCCCAGUAAUGAUCUAUAUCUUUCAUAUCCCAUCUUAGCUUACCUGUCUAGUUCUAAAUUUGCAUCCUCAAGGAUUCUUCCUCAAGAAGUCAUCUUAAAAUUUAAUUCUUGUUAUUCCUUAUGCUUGAAAUACAUGCAUUGUUAUGUGCAACACUUACCAGUUUUUCUAGUUUGAACUUUUGAGGGUUGUUUGCUUGAAAGAAACAAUUGCUGUAAUGAUUCCAUGUGAAUAGAUCCUCUGGGCUUGCUGCUUGUCCUUGUCAGGGUAACUGCUUGGAAUAAGAAUUCUUUGAAUGGAAAGUAUGAACAGAAUCUCUGCCUCUGGGGAUUUUUUCUGUUCAUUUAUUUACUGAGGGAAUCCAAAGAGUUUGCUUUCAAGCCUUUCUUUGUCUGAUACAUGGCUUCAGAAAUCUGGCAAAGGUAAAGAUGUCACAGUCUUGCUCCUGCCUAGGUACGCACCAUCUGGUUGUGUAACACACAGAGUGUACUGCUUUCAGGUUGAAGGACAACCACGUGGAGCAGAAGGGAUUUUAAGAGGGAAGAGAGAAACUUCCGACAACUUCAUGAAGGACAGAACGUAUGUGGUGAACGAAGAUGGAAGUUUCUCAGGGGGAGCUAGGGAAAUGGUUAAAAGACCCGCUUGUGUUCAGAUGUUUUACUUUUGAACAGGAAUGUCUGAAAGCUGAGGAGAGAGCUCUACAGCAAAGAGGAAAUGGUAGAAGCUCUGCUAUCGUUGUUCUUGAUUUUGGGAUGCUGUGCUGUAAAGACAAGCAGAGUCAUCUCGCUCAGCUGGCUGCUGAAGCAGUGUGUUUGGUUGACCACCAGACAACUCAGGAGUUGGACUUGAUGAUCCUUAUGGGUCCCUUCCAACUUGGGAUAUUCUAUGAUUCUAACUCAGAAUGGAGCUCCCCAGCUUCAAGGUGAAACCGGCUCAAUUUCUGAAGGCUUCUUUUUGCUGACUGAUGCAUGUGACUGACUUUUUGAGGGGACAGAAAUGCUUUUCAAAUACACAUUUGAAGAAAGAGGGAUUGUUAAAAUCAGGAGGAGUGGUGCUGAGGUAGAAGCUUUGAGGUUUGAGUCCGAAGCAACGUUAGGAGUUCUACAGCUUUUCACUGGAAUAAAUUAGUGGCUUCAUCGUUAAAUCUUAUGCUCCUACUCUUGUGUUUAUGAUUCCUAGUGCAGGUCUGUAUUCAUUGACAAUUUGUUGGUAUGAUAGACCACAUAAUGCUUGCUGCCAUGUUGGAAGUUGUGCUCAAGCUCAGUAAAACAACCUAUGAGUAUUACUAUAUAUGUAAGGAAAACUGGAAGGUGAAAAGUGUUGUAUUUAUAAAUGUGCUUGUAGAUUCUGACUACUUUGAAGGGUAUGUUGUCAGUAAGAUGGUUUUUUUUUGUUGCAGUCCUUUAAAAUAUAAAUAAUAGGAAAAACCUAGUAAAAAGUCUGAUAGGUUUUAGCAUGCUGAGUUAAAGGACUCUGGACAAAGUAGUUAAAUGCACUGAUUUUUUUCAGGCUACAAACAUAGAAACAUAAAAAAAAAAUGGCAGAAGAGACUAGAACAUGGAAACAAGAAGGUGAAAAUGUGUGGUGAUGUGUUUUAGCACGCUUUAGCAAGAACCACAUAGCUCUAAUUCACUGAGGAGAGGCCAUUGUAGAGUAAGAUGUCAAGGGGAAGAAUGGUGAAACCAAUGCUUGAACCAGAAGGUAUGUGGGAUCCUCGAGCUGCCUUUGAUUGCUAGCCGUUACUGUGGCAUCAGAAAUGAGACAGUGAAGUGUGGGACUCAUUCCUGGAACUGUGGAUAGAGCAUCCUCAGAGGGACAUUCAGCAUCUCUGGUGAAGCAGAAUCUGAAACACCAACUGCUGCGUGGGCUGAGACAAUCUACCGAGUCAUUUGAAGAAGCAUAAAGGAUGGUCUUGUUAAGGGUGGGGAGAGGUUCUUUUAACUUUUUGGAGACGCUGCAUCUCUUCCCAGUCAAACAGUCACGAUCCCUUGGGCUGUUGUCUCCAAAAUGCUAAAUCCCCACUGUUUUAUUCUGGCCUCAUGUCAACAAUGCAUACUUCAUAUUUUCAUACUGCAGUCCCCGUGGGGGCAGAGAGCAUUGCAGGGUUCAGUGGCAAGCUUUUGAUCUUAGCUUGAUAUGCUUCACUGUUAUUUCUUCUCCCCAUGUAUUCCUUCCCUCCAAUAACCUUCCCCUUUCUGCAAAGGUUUAACAAAGAUUAUAAAAUUGAGUCACAGUAGGAAAAAUUGCUGUCUGCAGAUGAAGAGGCAAAGGGAAGUUUCUGCUGCUGUUUCCAGCAGAGACAAGAGGUUUAGAGGGAUCUCAUUUUUCAUCUGGCUUUGCUCUGGCGCAAGAGUUCAAUGCUCUAGAAUAGAGUGCAGUUUUUUUCCUCUGUUUUUGGAAGGUAUUAAGUAACCAAGUUGUUGUGGAGUGUGGAGUGCUAGGCAUGCAAGAGCAAUGAAUGUUUUUGUUGGUUUUGGGGCCAUUAGGUUUAUCUGUGAAUCCUCACUAGAAAACCUUUCUUAGUGAAGCAAGAGGGUAUUUGGGAGCGGAAGCAUGAAGUAACCUUGCUGUUUGUAUCACUUAUUAGCAAGAAUAAUUGUUUCUAAUAUGCUAGAUGUAAAAGAAGUGGCAUUCCUAAAGAAGGGACUGGAA